AUGGCUCGGUCCGCCGCGACAACGGCCACCAAAGAGGCCAAGCCUCAGGCAGAUGCUCUCCCAGCAGACAGCGAUAAUAAGCACAACGACUUCUUCUGGACUUAUACCGAGGAGCCGCACCGCACACGCCGUCUGGCCAUCAUCAAGGCCCAUCCCGAGGUCCUCAAGCUAUGCGGCCCUGAGCCUCUGACCAAAUAUGUCGUUGCCGGCGUUGUCGGACUUCAAGUUGUUCUGGCCUAUCUGUUGCGAUCAACGCCUUUCUGGUCGUGGCAGUUCUGGGCCGUGGCCUAUGUCUUUGGUGCCACUGCGAACCAGAACCUGUUUCUGGCCAUCCACGAAAUCUCCCAUAAUCUGGCCUUCAGGAACCCUCUGGCCAACCGGCUCAUCGCCAUCGUUGCCAAUCUGCCUAUUGGCAUUCCUUAUAGCGCUUCAUUCAGGCCGUACCACCUCACUCACCACAAGUCCCUCGGCGUGGAUGGCCUUGACACUGAUCUUCCAACUGCCCUGGAGGCCUUUGUGCUCGACUCCAUCUUCGGCAAGGCCUUCUUCUGCACAUUCCAGAUCUUCUUCUACGCCAUUCGCCCCAUGGCAGUCUACCGCAUCCCCAUGACCUGGGUUCACCUCCUCAACGUCGUUACUCAAAUCACCUUUGAUUUCCUUCUCGUUCACUUUGCUUCUCCAAACGCUCUUCUCUACCUGCUGCUGUCCUCUUUCCUCGCUGGCAGCCUGCACCCCCUUGCUGGCCACUUCAUCGCCGAGCAUUACGUUUACGAGACCGUCACCCCUACUCAGAGGAACCCUGACAACAAAGUACCUGUCCCGGAGACCUUUUCGUACUACGGCCCUCUCAACAUUCUGACCUACAACGUUGGACUGCACAACGAGCACCACGACUUCCCGGCCAUCCCCUGGACAAGACUCCACGCCGUGUAUGAAAUCGCCAAGGAGUUCUACGAGCCUUUGCCCCGCCACGAGAGCUGGAUCUACGCCAUCUGGCGAUUCAUCUGGGACGAAAACGUGGGCAUCAGCUGCCGCGUCAAGAGAAAGAACGGCGGCCGCAUCGUUGGAGGCGCCGUCAAGUGGAAGCAGUCUGAAGUCGAGGCUUAG